AUGAGGCAGCAGCCGUCGUGCGCGAAUGUGUCGCAAAGCCGCCCCGCGGCCCCUCCGCCGCCCCCCCGAGCGGGCCGGGGCCCUCGGCGCUGCGGGUCGACUCAGACGGUUCUGGUGGUGCUGGUGAGCUCGGCUUUGAUCGGGCUGGUCCUGGAGGCUGCGCUCAUCUCCUACCUGCACUCCAGUUUCUUCGGACCGGCGCCGUCACCGUCCUCCUCCAAAUUGAGCGCAGAAAAAAAUGCAUCUCUCCAAGCUUCCAAACAUCAUAACUCUCUUUCCAAAACAUUUGCACAACCAACGGACAAAAAUCCAUCAGUAAAGACUUCCAAACGUCCGAAUCAUCUUUCCAAAACACCUACACACUUGAUAGAUAACAAGGCAUCCCUUCAGACAUCCAACAAACCGGUCGCGCACCUGAUAGGCGGCGCGGACGGCGUCCCCGGCAAAGGAGUCGUCGGGUGGAGCCUGAUCUCGAACCACAUCCUGCGAGGCGUGGCCUACAAGGACGGAAGCCUGGUGAUCCGCCGGGAGGGCCUUUACUACGUCUACUCCAAAGUGCGCUUUUCCCAACGGGGGAGGGGGGGCGCCUUCCACCACACGGUCAUGCUGCGCAGCCCCAGGCACUCGGCCGGCGUCGUCCUGCUGCAGUCCAGGAAGUCCUCGUGGGAGGGCGAGAACAGCGCCGACACUUUCCUGGCCGGGGUCUUCCACUUGUACCAGCACGACGCCGUCUUCGUCAAAGUCAGCGACACGUCCCAAAUAGUGCAGGUCAUCGCUAACGAGAACGUCUUCGGCGCAUUUAUGAUAUAACGUUAUUUUGCCCCCCCCCCCCCCCGCAUGUCAAAGUAAUAACUGUUUGAUUGGUCGAUAAAUACUUUUCCCUCGUGGCUUUUUGUUAUUUUUAAUGUUUUAAAUGAUUUUAAAAUGGUUGUUUUUCAUUGGGGCGGCACGGUGGGGCAGCUGGUAAAGCGUUAGCCUCACAGUUCUGAGGACCCGGGUUCGAUCCCGGCCUUCCCUGUGUGGAUUUUGCACGUUCUCACCCGUGCCUGCGUGGCUUUUUUUCCGGGCACUCCAGUUUCCUCCCGCAUCCCAAAAACAAUCGGGCACUCUAAAUUGCCCGUAGGUGUGAUUGUGAGUGCGUGUGUUUGUCUCCAUGUGCCCUGCGAUUGGCCAGCAACCGGUUCAGGGAGUACCCCUGCCACGACAUUAAAUAUGGCGAGUUUAUGCAAUUUUUCCACGUACCUUCGUUUAUUCAUCACCUUCCAAAUGUCUAACGGUAUCGGACAAGACUCUGGGCGUCGUGCUAUCACACAUAUUUUCGUGUUGUCUCCAACCGACUUAGCAUUGAACAAUGCUUUGCUAGGCCCGCAAUAUGGCGACGUAAACAAAAGUCACGUGAUUUUAGGUCUUUACAAAAGGUCACUAUGGUGGUUCCACUGUGUGGUGACUGUGAAAAUUGCGAGUGUAAUGCCAGAACAUUGUCAUAAGUUUUAACUAACACAAAAUAAUAAUUAUAUAUAAUAAUAGUGUAAAUGAUCCAAUGACAGGAAUGUGGUUGUCCACGCGUGACGUCAUGAGCUACGGUGUCCAGUGAGCUGUUUGCGUUUCCUCAGUCGUGACGACCAACCUGCGUGUCUCGGUACACAAAUGGAUUCGACCUUUCCCACACGUCAUUCAUAUCACAUUUGAUUUUUAUCAGAAAUGUUCGUAUUGUUGUGGAUAUCUUCGAAAUUUCGGAACGCCUUUGCACCUCCGAGACUAACCUCAAAAGCAUUGUUUUUUUUAGCCCCGCCCUUUUCCGGUUUCCACACACGGUGCGCUUCCUUUGUCCUCCAUUGUGGCGUCUCGGCAAGUUUUGGGGCCGCCAUUUCGUCGUUUGGAGACAUAAAUGAUCAUUUUGCACAAAGAUUAUGGGGAUUUUGCGGCCACAAUUACAAUUUGUUUGUUACAGCACUCAGUGUUGGACCUCUUUAGAUGGAGCAAUGUAUACACAAAGAGUUCACUCACACGUUUAACCAAAGUAAAUGCGGGAAUAACAUGUUUGAAAAAAAUAUUGAAAUCACGACUGAGAAUGCGGGCAACUUGACAAAUAAAGCUUUAUUG